AAUACGGUUACAAAACAUGAUAAACCGAACCAGUGCCUUCUGUCACGUGAGUUGCGUGUGCCGUUCUCCUCUGACAGGCAUAAAAAAUCCCUCUCUUUUGGCAAAUUACAUUACCAGUCCUCCACCCUUCUUCCUUCUUCUUCUUCUUCUUCUUCUUCUUCUUCUUCCCUCCAUCUAUGGCCGUAUGGGUUUAAGCUUGUUUUUUGUCCGGCCUCCUCCCUUCCCUUCUAUGGAAUUUCACGUCUUUCCGCCCAUCUCUUCUCUUUCUCCUAUCAUAAAAACUGUUUCUUCUUCUUCUUCCUCAUAAACCUAUACAUUCCCCUUUACCUCUCCUGCCUCUUACCUAAAAAUGGAGAUGGGGAAGAAGCUUCCGGGAUUCGCCAUUUUCACGAUCCUCUUCUUCUUCAUUUCCUUCUCCUCUUCUGUUCCGAACCCAGACGCAGAGAUCCUCUUGUCGUUCAAAGGGUCACUCCAAAAUCCCAUCUUUCUGUCCUCGUGGAACGAUUCAGUCCCUCACUGCAACUGGGUCGGCGUGAGCUGCCAACUCGGCCGGGUCACGUCGCUCGCACUCGCUUCCGCCUCUCUCACAGGCCACAUUCCGGCUUCCAUUUUCUCUCUCUCAACUCUCGUCUUCCUCGACCUUUCUUCCAACGCUCUGGUCGGCGGGAUUCCUCCCCAAAUCGGCCAGCUGAAGCGUCUCCGACAGCUGUCACUGUCUCAAAACCAGCUGUCCGGCGAAAUACCGGCCGAAAUCAGCGGGCUGGCUCACCUGCGGUCGCUGAAACUCGGCCUCAACUCUCUCACCGGCGGAAUUCCGGCGGGAAUCGGGAGUUUGAAUAGAUUGGAAACUUUGGACCUUUCUGGGAACGGACUCUCUGGCGCGUUGACUGUUGAGCUUGGGGAGUUGACCCAGCUGCAGUUCUUGGACCUGGGGAACAACCUUUUCUCCGGCCAUCUUCCCGGCGCUCUGUUUACAAAGCUGCAGUCUUUGACGUCGCUGGAUAUCUCCAACAACUCAUUCUCCGGCCCAAUCCCGCCUGCAAUUGGCAACCUCACUUCCCUUGUCGAUCUCUACUUCGGCACCAACUCGUUUUCCGGUCAGCUCCCGCCGGAAAUCGGCGCCCUUUCUCGCCUGGAGAAUCUCAUUGCGCCUUCCUGCUCAAUCACCGGCCCGUUGCCGGACGAAAUCGCCGGGAUGAGCUCGCUCAGCAAGCUGGAUCUUUCUUACAACCCAUUGGGCUGCGGAAUUCCUAGCUCGAUUGGGCAAUUGAAGAACUUGACCAUGAUGAACCUGGUUUACGCGGAGCUCAACGGCUCAAUCCCCGCCGAGCUGGGAAGCUGCCGGAACUUGAAGAUGCUUACUCUCUCUUUCAAUUCCCUUUCUGGGUCUCUUCCGGAGGAGCUCUCCGGCUUGCCGCUGCUUACGUUUUCAGCCGAGAAGAACGAGUUCACAGGUCGACUACCUUCGUGGAUUGGGAAAUGGACACAGAUGGAGUCCCUUUUGCUUUCCGGCAACAAAUUCGAAGGCAGAAUUCCCGCCGAGAUCGGCAAUUGUUCUUCUCUGCAGCAUAUAAGCCUCAGCGACAACUUGUUGAGCGGUGAGAUACCCAGGGAGAUCUGCAAUGCUGUGUCCCUCCAGGAAAUUGAUAUCAAUGGCAACUUCCUGUCAGGUAAUCUAGAUGAAGUGUUUUUGCACUGUAGCAAUUUGACCCAAUUGGUUCUGGAUGAUAACCGGCUCGAUGGGCACAUCCCGAGUUACUUAACUGACCUUCCGUUGAUGGUGAUGGAUCUCGAUUCGAACAAUUUCUCGGGUUCGAUUCCUGUGAGCCUCUGGAGUUCGGAGUCUUUGAUGGAGUUUUCAGCUGGGAAUAACCAAUUGGAGGGUUCUCUUCCUAAAGAGAUUGGGAAUGCUGGUUCUUUGCAGCGGCUGGUGCUUAACAACAAUAAGCUGAGGGGAACUAUUCCCAAGGAGAUUGGAAACCUCACAGCUCUCUCUGUUCUGAAUUUGAAUUCCAAUUUCCUGGAGGGAACGAUUCCUUUCGAGCUAGGGAACUGUGGCUCCUUAACCACAUUGGACCUUGGAAACAACCGGCUCAACGGUUCGAUACCUGAUCAGCUAGCUGAUUUGGGUCAGCUCCAGUGCCUGGUUCUGUCACACAACAACUUAUCAGGACCCAUCCCUUCCAAGCAUUCAUCGUACUUUCGAGAAACGAAUGUUCCUGACUUGAGCUACCUUCAACACCGUGGUGUGCUUGAUCUGUCGAACAACAUGUUGUCCGGUUCGGUUCCUGUGGAGUUUGGUAAGCUUGUUGUAGUAGUUGAUCUCCUGCUCAACAACAACAUGCUCUCAGGUGAGAUUCCAGGUUCUCUUGCUGAGUUGACUAACCUCACCACAUUGGAUUUGUCUGCGAAUCGGCUGAUCGGUUCGAUUCCGGCUGAAUUCGGACGAUGUUCCAAGCUUCAAGGUCUGUACAUUGGGAACAAUAUGAUCUCAGGAACUAUUCCUGCUUCUUUGGGAGGAUUGGGAAGCUUGGUGAAGCUGAAUUUGACAGGGAAUCAGUUGCACGGCUCUGUUCCAACAAGUUUUUCCAACUUGAAAGGGCUUAGUCAUAUGGAUCUAAGCUUCAACAACCUAGAUGGCCAUCUGCCUUCAACUCUUCCAGAAAUGCUCAACUUAGUUGGGUUGUUUGUUCAGCACAACAGAAUUUCUGGCUGUAUGGACCAGUUCCUCUCCAAUUCUGUUUCUUGGAGGAUCGAGACACUGAACCUAAGUUGCAAUAUGAUCAGUGGAGAACUGCCAGCAUCGAUUGGAAAUCUUUCAUUUUUAUCCCGUCUGGAUCUCCAUGGAAACAUGGUGACAGGUCGGAUUCCUCCCGAGAUAGGGAAUCUGCUGCAGCUCGAGUACUUGGACGUGUCAAUGAAUCGACUUUCCAGCCAGAUUCCAUCCAAUGUUUGCUCCCUCUCUAAUCUCCUUUACCUGAAUAUGGCACAGAACAGCUUGGAAGGUCCAGUUCCCAAAGUUGGGAUUUGCUCAAACCUCUCAAAGGUUUCAUUUCAAGGCAACAACAAACUCUGUGGAGGAGUCCUAGGGACCCAUUGCGAAAUCAGCAGAGUAGAUAAGUCAUCACUUCUGGUCUGGUUGGUUUCUGGUUUGGCAAUUGGAUUCACCAUUCUCAGCCUGACAAUCGCUUUCUGCCUACGACAAUGGAUCACUUCAGGCAGCAGGCGAAGCGAUGCUGAGGAAAUUGAAGUGAGCAAGCUGGACAGCUUGAUCGACCAAAACCACCUCUACUUCCUCAGCAGCAGCAGGUCAAGAGAGCCAUUGAGCAUCAACAUCGCCAUGUUCGAGCAGCCUCUUCGGAAGCUGACCUUGGGGAACAUCCUGGAAGCCACCAACAACUUCAGGGAGACCAACAUCAUUGGUGAUGGCGGGUUUGGCACGGUCUACAAGGCCACGCUCCGAAAUGGUAGCAAAGUAGCAGUGAAGAAGCUCAGCCAAGCUAAAGAUCAGGGUGACCGAGAAUUCGUAGCUGAAAUGGAGACCUUAGGGAAGGUAAAGCAUCAGAAUCUAGUCCCUUUGCUUGGCUACUGCUCAUUUGGUGAGGAGAAGCUGCUGGUCUAUCAGUACAUGGUGAAUGGUAGCCUGGACAUGUGGCUCAGGAACAGAACUGGCAGACUGGAAGUGCUUGAUUGGAACAAGAGGCUCAAGAUUGCAGUGGGUUCGGCUCGCGGCCUGAAGUUCCUCCACCAUGGAUUCCACCCCCACAUCAUCCACAGAGACAUCAAGGCCAGCAACAUCCUCCUGAAUGAGGAAUUCGAGCCCAAAGUCGCAGACUUUGGCCUCGCGAGGCUGAUCAGCGCGUGUGAGACACACGUCAGCACCGAGAUCGCUGGAACCUUGGGGUACAUCCCUCCAGAGUAUGGACAGAGCGGGAGGUCGACAAAGAAGGGCGACGUCUACAGCUUCGGGGUCAUACUGCUGGAGCUGGUGACAGGGAAGGAGCCCACUGGUCCUGAUUUUAAGGAAGUGGAAGGUGGGAAUCUGGUGGGGUGGGUUCUGCAGAAGAGAAAGAAAGGGGUAGCUGUUGAAGUUCUUGAUCCAGCUGUGGUCAAUGGGGAAUGUGAAGGUGAUAUGCUGAAGGUUCUGCAGAUUGCUUCUGUGUGCUUGGCUGAGAACCCAGCUAGAAGGCCUUCUAUGGAGGAAGUGUAUAAGUUGUUGAAAGGGGUAUGAUCUGGUUUGAGCGAGCUUCUGUAAGAAUAAGUAGAUAGAUUUUUAACAAAGAUGAUCGAUGGAGUUUAGUUGAGCUUGUAGUGGAUACUAACAAUCUCACUCAGUUUGCUAAUAUAUAAAUUACAGAAGUUUGAUAACAGUUGGCUCUGGUUUAAGCUUCCUUUGAUAGUAUGAUGCAGUGGGUUGAAUGAAUCUAUAGAAAGUAUGAAGAAAAAGAGAGGGAACAGAGUGGGCUGGAGUUGAAAUUAUGCCCAUAAGUCGGGCUAGAGUAGGUGUGCUAAGGUGGCAUUUCCUGUUUAUCCAAUCGGCAUGCACUUCUUUUAUUUUUGGACCUGUUCUAUCCUUUGUACUUGCAAAUUAAUGUGCUUUGUAAGAGCAUCCUAGAAUAGGUGCUUUCCGGGAAUUGGAAAGUUGCAUUCGAAGCUCGAAGCAGAACUAGACAAGACUAUGGGACAUGAAGAAUUCAUUUGGUUUCAAAGAGCUCGAGAGAAAUGGGUCGAAUUCGGGGAGAGGAAAACAACCUACUUUCACCUACUUACCAACAUUUGGAGACACAAGAACAUAAUCGAGACCCUGAAGGAUGUUAAUGGAGAUUUUUUUUUAUGAAUGUGUGACUGUUUGUAUUCAUCAGUGUGUAGGGUUCAUAAGGAAUGGACGAACUCCGUAAUAAAACAAGAAAAAAUUAAGAGUACAAGAUUAGGAGAAAGCUAUAGAAAAGCUAGAAACUCAAGGAGGUUGAAAAGCAGGUACGGAAUUAUUCCCAAGAAACAAACUACAAAUCAGUCUAUAUUAAUCUAAGUUUAUGAACUAGUGAUGAUUCACAUAUACUUCUAACCACUUUGUUGUAGGUGAUGAUGGUGGAAGACAGAGUUUCCUGAAAAUUUUGGAGUUUCUUUCAAUUCACAAGUGCCAAAAAAUGAUUAACGGUAGUAGUUCGGUCGGUUUCUUGAACGGACAGCCUGUGCAUAGUGAUGGCCAUUAUGUAAUUAGAUCCUUACAGUGCUUUGGUUUCAUACCUUGCAGUUGUAGACUAACGAAUAAGAAGUUGCAUACUUGAUUCAGUUAUGUGCAAUGUAAUAGUAGAUGAUUUGAAGUUCCCUCUGCAUCGAAGCACAAGCAACAAUGAUUGGGAAGACACCAGCCACGUAGUCUCAAUUGAUCCAAAGUGAGUAUUUUACCUUGGGAAGACCAACCAAAAAAAUGAUGAGAUUUUAGAGGGAGUUAUCGGGUUCCAAAUAACCUCUUUCGGAAAGGCCUCUUCAACAUCCGAAAAUAUUCCUUGUGUGGAGUAUUUGUAGCAAGCAUUAAUAGAUAAUUGAUUUUUCUAGAGUAAGUGUUGUAGGCUGUCUAUUCCAGCUUGUAGGUUGUAGCCAAAUAGCAGGAAUGGUGUUGAGAAUGUUGUUAAGCACAUCUUGUUGUCUAAGAAGCUGUCCACAGAAUGCAUAAUUGAACUAGACAUUCCAUGUAGUUGCACCAUUAUUGAUUUGGCGAAUGUUCGAGAUGCUUCAAAAGCGGUUAGUCUCUGCAGCAAAAAGUGAUGGAAACAUCUCCGAGAGGUAGCAGCUAGGGAUCAAACAAUCCAUCUAAAAUGACAAAUAUGAGGUAAUGCUUGGUUUAAUGACCGCUACUUGCCAAAAAUAGAGUUCCACCUUCAAGAUUCUUCUCCAAAUAGAUUUUUGCAUGGCUCCUAAAGUGAUAUGCAUAUUCCAGGAAUUGUCAGGUAAUUGAAUUUGUAGUUGACAAGAGAUCUCCACCAAGAGCAAUUAUCUGCAUGAUCUCUAUGAAACCAUUUAACCAAUAAAGAAAUGUUAAAGUAAUGA